GUUCAAGGUCAUGUGUGCUUGUGUUGACAGUCAAACCUCCCUAGUUUUGGUUGUGGACUUUCCCGGUUGAGUUUAGACCUUACCCUGUCCUAAAAUGGGAGGGGAAAACUCCAACACAAAUACUACAGGGUACAGGGAACGGUGUCAGUCUGUGAGAGGAAAGGUUCCAUGGCAAAGAUGGUUACAUUUUGAAAUCCUGUGAAACUUAAAGACCUUUUAGAUCUAUUUUUUGUGAAUCUGGAUAUUUCAACGUGUUGUUUAUCACCAAUGGAGACCGCAGAUAACUUAAAUGGAGUAUCUAAAGAGGUGAAGCCCGAAUGCCUUCCUCUGGGUCCCAUGGGUGCAAAAGAGGGAGCAGUUUCCCCGCACAGCCGUGAAGAAUCCCUGUGUAUCUUUGGGACGGGGGACUUGGGGCGCUCCCUGGGUCAUCGCCUGUUCCAGUCUGGAUACAGGGUGGUGUACGGCAGCCGCAGACCGGACAGCUGUGGGCCCGUACCACAGGGAGCUCAGGUGUUGAAUCAUGCCGAGGCCGCCCAGUCUUCCAGAAUCAUCUUCCUUUGUAUUAACAGAGAACACUACAGCUUCCUGCAGGCGCUCGCUCCUCAGCUCAACGGGAAGGUGCUGGUGGAUGUGAGCAACAACCCCGAGAAAGACAUGUUCCCAGAAGCCAACGCUGUGUAUCUGCAGAGGCUGCUUCCUGAGGCGUAUGUGGUGAAAGCCUUGAACACACUGUCAGCCUGGGGUCUGCAGAAUGGGCCCUCAGAUGCAAACAGACAGACGUUCAUAUGCGGGGACAGUGCCGAGGCGAAGCAGGCGGUGUCGGAGGUGUGCACCCGGCUGGGCCUUUCGGUGCUGGACAGGGGCGGUGUGGGUGCGUCCCGGGAGCUGGAGGACUUCCCGCUGCAGCUCUUCCCAAUGUGGAAGCUGCCUAUGAGGAUCGCUGUGGGCCUCAGUGGUGCCUUCUUCUUUUACCUGCUCAUCAGAGACGUCAUCUACACCUAUGUGUACGAGGGCAAAGACGUCUCAUUCAGGAUCCUGGUCUCUCUAGCAAAUAAGGUGUUCCCCAUCGUGUCGCUCAUCAUGCUGGCCCUGUGUUACCUGCCUGGUGUGAUGGCUGCACUGCUCCAGCUCCACAGAGGGACCAAGUACAGACGCUUCCCGGACUGGCUGGACCGCUGGAUGCUGUGCAGGAAGCAGAUGGGACUGGUAGCACUUGCUCUGGCCUCUCUGCAUGUGCUCUACACACUGAUCAUCCCCAUCCGAUAUUACGUGAGGUACAGAAUUGGUGCAGGAAUUAUAUCACAGGCUUUGAAAAACCAGACGACGGAGUUUUUCAACAUUUUAGCAUGGCGCACUGACUCCUACUACUCAAUGGGGGUCCUUGGCUUUGCCCUGUUCAUUCUUUUGGGCAUCACCUCUCUGCCCUCUGUCAGUAAUGCUCUGAGCUGGAGAGAGUUCAGCUUCAUACAGUCCAAGCUGGGCUACGUGACCUUGUUCCUGUGCACGCUCCAUGGGUACUUGUAUGGAUGGGACAAGUUUCUGCAUCUCUAUUCCUAUAAAUGGUACACUCUGCCGGGUUACAUGCUGUCCCUGGUGGUGCCCACAGUGGUGCUGGGGCUGAAGCUGCUGCUGCUGCUGCCGUGUGUGGACCGCAGGCUGACGCGCAUCAGGAGGGGCUGGGAGCACACGCCACAGGACCCCUCUGUGCAAAAACUACUCAUUUAAAAUGGACCAAUCACUACACAGGAAAGGAGGCUGCCUGAAUUCUGGCAACACAUGAACAUGAACAGGCACUACUCUUGAAAUUACUUGCCCCUCCCACACAGGACAGCACCAUCACGGGGCAGCACCAUCACAGGACAGCACCAUCACGGGACAGCACCAUCACAGGACAGCACCAUCACAGGACAGCACCAUCACGGGGCAGCACCAUCACGGGACAGCACCAUCACGGGGCAGCACCAUCACGGGACAGCACCAUCACGGGACAGCACCAUCACAGGACAGCACCAUCACGGGACAGCACCAUCACAGGACAGCACCAUCACGGGACAGCACCAUCACAGGACAGCACCAUCACGGGGCAGCACCAUCAUAGGGCACAUUUAAGGAAGGCACAGGAAGAAACACCAUAAGAGACUUUACAAUAAACAAAUAGAUCAUCAUCAACAGCUUUUUUAAUGUACUUAUUGCCACAUUUUAUAUAUUAAAAAAAUAAAUAAAUAAAUGAAUUUUUAAAAAAUCCCAUUGUUUUCUACACAUUCUGCUCAAAAUCUAAUUUAAAAUGCAAACACAAAAAAACCUGUGAGAAAGUACAAACAUUCUUGAUCAUGUAGGGGAAAUGAUCCCUCACAUGAUCAAAAAGAAGGAAGUUGUUAAUAGUGAAAAUUACUGAUCUAUAAUUCUGGUGUCUUUACUUGCACAACAAGCUCUCAAG